CCAGCUUUCUCUAACGUGUUACCAGGUCCAGUACAACGCUAGCUUCAACAGUGACUUCACAUCUUCAAAGCACAGAAUCACUCGUUUCACCCAAGUCUCCAAAGCCAUCUCAUUCAAGUUAUGAUGACCCGCGACCAAGCCCUCCCGCCGAUCAUGCUUCUACCAGCCGAGAUCCUGCUCAUGAUCUUCUACUGGGCAAGUCGACGGCGAGUCAAGCACAGCAGGUUUGCCCUUAUGACGACCCGUGAAAACGAAGAGGCGCGAAACUCGUGGUACACUGCGGCAACCUCCCAGCAGCUUGCCUUCGUCUGUGGCAGAUGGCGAGAUGUCCUCGCAAUGAGGGAAGUCUACUGGAAGUCCCUAAACAUCACCAUCGACGGCGAAACCUUCAUUUCAUCCAUCAUCAAAACGUUCUUUGCGGCAUCACGCGAUAACACAAUCCGCGUCACUGUUGCUCCCCGAGACCUCACAUCGCGCUCUCUCACUCCGGACGAAGAGCAAGAACGACUGGUGUUGAUCAUGAAGCAUAUGGCACCGCAUCUAGGUCGGCUGUUUCGACUCAACAUCCACACCUUCUACCGAUCUACUGUUGUGAAUAUAAGCCGCUUCUUCAAUGCCGCGGUCAUGUCCAAACUCUCCGAACUACGCCUCGUCUCCCAAGAUACAGACGAUACUGCUCAUUUGAACUGCUCUGCUCUGCAGUUCCCCCGCAUUCGCUCGCUACAUACCGACGCGAGAUCAUUCGUCGACCUCAUGAAGGCCGGCGUUGCGACGUCCGAACUCCUCACGUCCUCCGACGAUUAUGACUUUUUCAACUUCUCCAUCACGAAGUUCCGACCCAAAGAAGCUUCCUCCGCCCCAACCGCGACUGAGCUUUUCGAGGCACUACGUCUAGUCGACGCGCAAAGGCAUCUUAAUCUGGAGAUUCACGACAUAGCUCUUGCAUGCGAGGACUACGUCCCCCAACGCCCGCUGCUCGCGAAUUUAUACAGCCUCGAGGUCUAUGACUUGGAAGGUCCAGCAUUCUCCGCGAUCUGCAAUAGCUUGGACUCCCACGACGUUGAUGGUGCCAGUGUCGUCAGAUGUGAAGCUGAACGAUGCGGGUUCAUCUUCUGUGGCGAACUUCAUGUUGCCGGUGUUAGAUCCAGCUGCUCGCUUCUUCGCAUGGUCCAAGACUGGGAGGGUAUUAAGCUCAUUAUCGAAGACUGUGAAGGUUUCGAUGAUUGGUUUCUCGGCUCUCUGGCGUUCUGUAGCGAGCGGCAUUCACAGCGUUUCGCUUGCCCAGAACUGGCUUGUCUCGAGAUCACUGGAUGCACGUUUUCCGCAAGCGCGCUGCAGAGAAUGUGCGAAAUGAGGCUACAAUUUUGGCGAACGGGAGGCGCAGAUGAAGAUGAAUUUGAUCAUCUCACAUCUGUCGGAGUGUCUGAUGGUCCAAAGCUUGACGAAGGUCUGAGGCACUGGUUUGAAGAGAAUCUCGAAACUUUUACAUGGGAGGAAAAGCAGAUGUAG